GAUAGUGCUUCCACGGUUUGUUUGCGUCCUUCGUCCAUCUGCCCCGCGAUGCAUUUGUCCUGUACUCCCGUGGACUUUACGACCGCGUCCUCAACAUGCGCGCUCAGCUUUCUGUCGCUGGCCGUCGUGCUCGUCAUUCUCGCCUGCGUCUGGGCCUGUCGCCAUCACCAGCAAGGCGAUAAGAAGGGUGUGUGGAAGUGGGGCGUCCUGACCUUGGAGACACUGCAGUCGGCGCCCAUGAAGGAGAAGGAGCCCGUGUCUGUGUCUGUGUUGGAGGGUCAACAACGACGCGUGUUGUACUACGAGUCGCAAGCACCGGUGUCGAUGGCGAAAAUAAUAAUGUCGCGGCAUGUAUGUGCUAUGGUCUCCAAGGCACGAAGAUACUGAGGCUGCUCCUUGUAGACCUUUCGUCGACCAACACCUCGCUCGAUACCACCGCCUCCCCGGCCUUCGCAACAGCCACCAAUAUCAACACCACGGCCACAGAGCGGACAGGGACGACGUUCCCGUUCACUAUCACCGCCUCGGCUACGCCAGCAGCUGCCGGUCACACCUUCGAUGGUGUGAUUUUUUUCGACGAGAACGAGAUAAGAGAAUAUUAUGUUAUGUUAUAUACA